AUGACAACCCAACUUGAACACUGUGAAAUCCUACCUGCACCUGGCGAGGAAACCCAUGAACUAACAUUACCUUUGACAUUUUUCGACAUACCAUGGUUGUAUUUUCAUCCAAUUCAGCGUCUUCUGUUCUACGAAUUCCCUUAUUCCAAGGCCUAUUUCUUGGAAACCAUAGUUCCAAACCUCAAAGAUUCACUCUCCUUCACUCUCAAACAUUAUAUUCCAUUAGCAAGCAACAUACUGUAUCCAGCGAGCAAUGAAAAGCCCUUUUUUCGUCACGUGAUGGGGGACUCGCUUUCUCUAACGAUAGCCGAGUCAAACGAGGAUUUCGACUAUCUUAUUGCAAAUUAUGCACGAGAUGCUGAUCAGUUCUAUCCUUUUGUCCCUGAAUUGCCACCACCUAAAGAGGAGCCUGGGUAUAAAACUUUUCCAGUCUUCUGUCUACAGGUAACUUUUUUCCCAAAUCAUGGCGUAUGUAUUGGUUUUACCAACCAUCAUAGUAUAGGCGAUGCGAGUUCAAUUGUGGGUUUUAUCAAGGCCUGGGCUUCAAUCAGCAAAUUCGGGGGAGAUUCGCAGUUGAUUGACGCCAAAUCCUUACCUCUUUUUGAUAGACAUGUCAUUAAAGAUCCUCGUGGAAUAGGAGAUUUAUAUUGGAACCAAUUGAAGAAUAUGUCUUUGCAAUUUCCAUCUUUGCAUUUACCCACCAAUAAGGUUCGGGCCACAUAUAUUCUCCACCAGGCUGAUAUCGAGAAGCUCAAGUAUUCGGUUUUGGCUCGAAAACCAGAUUUGGUUCAACCUUCAUCUUUUGUAGUUACAACUGCCUAUGUCUGGGCUUGUUUGGUGAAAUCCUGGCAAACCAGUGGAAAGGAGGUUGAUGCAGAUGAGCUUGAAUACUUUGGUUUUGCAGUGGAUUGCCGGGGACGCAUGAAUCCUCCAGUGCCUGCUAGUUACUUUGGAAACUGCAUAGGAGCUUUAAUAGUGAAAAUAAAACACCAGGAGUUAAUGGGAAAUGAAGGGUUCUUCAUUGCGGCUGAGGCAAUUGCAGAGAUAAUUCGAAUGAAGGUGAACAACAAGGACGAAAUGGUUAAAGUUGCUGAGAAUUUGCUAGGAAAUUUUUCCGAAUUUAUAGGUAAACGGAUUCUUUCAGUAGCUGGAUCGCCUAAGUUCGACCUAUAUGACACGGAUUAUGGAUGGGGUAGGCCAAAGAAGCUGGAGGUAGUGUCCAUUGAUGGAGGUGGUUCCAUGUCUCUGUGCAAAUCCAGGGAUUCUGAGGGAAGUCUGGAGAUUGGUUUGUCUUUGCCGAAGAAGGAAAUGGAUGCCUUUGCAGCUAUUUUUGCCAGUGGCUUAGGAAUUUUAUCAAAGGAAGUUCUCUACUGA